AUAUUCCACCGUCAAUGGUGGAUCUCAACAAAGGAAGAAAGGCUAAUAAAAAAAUCGUUCUUGCGGCACCAUUUCAAACAAAGCGGCUGAAUAUGCGGGCAUUACGUGAACGCCCAAGUGCCUGCAAAUGAGAAUUCCUCAACAAGGCUUGAACCCUAAAAUCAUGGACCUAAACAUGAUUACUACUGAUUUUCUUUAAUGUUAUAUCCACUUCAAUCUCGAGAUCAACUGCCCAAAAGAAGUCUUUUAUGUGAUAGCGAGUCUUCAUUCAGCUUCAUUUCAUAUCUAGUAAAGUAUGGAUUUGGAGAGAAGCACCAAGACGUUUACCAAAAAGAAGAGUUCACAUCACUCGAUCAAGAUCAUUACUUCCGUCCUUCUACUGCUCUUAAUUCUCAUAUUUAUUCAAUCUCAAGCUUCCCCUUUCUACGCUUCUUCCGCAUCUGAAUCAUGGGCUUUCUUCAACAAAUGGAAAGGAUUGGCAUUUAAUACUACUGAUGGUCAUGCUUUCACCGAGAAUUCCAGCUACAUCUCAAAGCUCCGAGACUCGGUCAGCUUCUUCCCCCUUAAAGAUCUAAGGUUCGCCAAAAAUGCCAUGGAAGGAAACACUUGGUUUAUGAGCUCCUUAAAUGACACCCGUGAAGCAAAUGAAGCUGAGUACCUAUAUUUCCCUUCUGAAAUGUCCAAGGGAAGGCUUUUAUGCAUCAAGGGAAAUGACAUGAAGGACGGCACCAGGAAUUCAUACGCCCUGGCAUGGCCAGAAGCUCUUCCACACCCCGCCAAGUUCAUGGAAGGCUUGACCUUUGUGUCAGACACAUACUAUGAUUAUGUAAACUUGUGGCAUGGAUUAUGUGCUAUGGCCCCAUUUGUCCGUUGGUCUAUAAAGAAUGAUUGCCCGAGACCCACAAGAUGGGUACUAUUCCACUGGGGAGAACUGAGGUCUAAAAUGGGAUCAUGGGUACAACAUCUGAUGGAAGCUAGCUUCGGAGAAGUCAAAAUAGAGGGACUUGAAGAAGGAGAUCGACCUUACUGCUUUGAGAAGGCUGUUGUUAUGAGACACAAUGAAGGAAGUAUGGGGAAGGAAGAGAAGCUUCAGGUUUCGGAUCUGUUGAGGUGUAAAACAAGGAGAUUUUGCGGCAUAGACCCAUCAGGUAAAGGAAGAGAAGUUGAUGAAAGAGGGGAACCGAUAAUAAAGCUAACUUUGCUCAUGAGGAGCGGUUCCAGAUCAUUCAAGAACGCUACAGCAGUAAUUGAUAUAUUUGCAAGGGAAUGCGCUAAUGUGGACGGCUGCAUGUUGAAGGUGGCUCAGUCUGAGGAUCUAAACUUCUGUGACCAGGUAAGAGUAAUGACCAACACCGACGUUGUUGCUUCCCCACACGGCGCUCAACUUACAAACAUGCUCUUCAUGGACAGAAACAGUAGCGUUAUGGAGUUCUUCCCUAAAGGGUGGUUUGAGCUUGCAGGCAUAGGUCAGUAUGCUCAUCACUGGAUGGCAGAUCAAUCUGGGAUGAACCACCAAGGUUCAUGGUGGGAACCAUUGGAAAAAAAAGAAUGUCCCUCUCCACAACAUGAUCUUGAGUGCUUCAACUUCUACAAAGAUGGGAAAGUGGGCCACAAUGAAACCCAUUUUGCAGAGUGGGCAAGAACUGUUCUCAAUCAAGUUAAAGCAAGGAAGAUGGCAGAUGCUAUUAAAACUUCCGUAAACAAACCACUGCCAUACUCAACAGCCUGCGGUUGCUAGCAUAUUUGUUCAAAUUUACAAUUUUACAAAUUGUACUGCACAACUGUUUUGUAAAAGCUCAAUUGCAUGGAAUAGCUUCGCUUAUACAUCAA